AUGGAGACGCAUCACAGACUGUAUCCAAAUGAACUAGACACACAUGACACGGCGAGGAUUUUGAUCGAUGGCUCGCAAGAUGAUGAAGAUCAUGAUGAUACCGAAACUUCGCAACAACAUUUGGUGGUGAAUAUGAAUGGGAAUAACAAUGAUGACGGAAUUCGAACGCAUUGCCAUUUAAUUCGUGGAUGGCCUGAUCUAUGCCAGGAUCGACGAGCCGAACGAGUGCUAUGGAUUGUCGCCUUUCUCUCCACAUUUUUCAUUUGCCUCGAGUUCGUUGGAGGCUAUUUGGCGCAUAGUUUGGCGAUUAUGUCUGACGCGGGUCAUAUGGUGUCCGAUUUGAUCUCGUUUUUGAUCUCCAUUUGUGCGAUUCGAUGGGCACGAGCAGCUCCUACACGACGACUCUCAUUUGGAUAUGCUCGAGCUGAGAUUCUUGGUGCUUGCAUGUCGUUGAUUAUCCUUUGGAUAAUCACGGUUGUUUUGGUGAUCUUUGCCGUACAACGUGUUAUAUCUGGAAAAUACGAUAUUGAAGGAAGGACGAUGCUUUAUACAUCUGGUGCUGGUGUCAUUUUCAACAUCAUUAUGGCCACCAUUUUACACUGUGGAGGACAUGGACAUGCCCACCAUGGAAUGGCGAGCAACGGGCAUUCCCAUUCGCACUCGCACUCACACUCACACUCGCACAAUGCCGAGACAUCAUCGGUGACCUCGCAUGCGCAAAAUAUGAAUGUUCGAGCCGCAUUCAUUCACGUUGUCGGUGAUCUCAUUCAAUCAUUUGGAGUUCUCAUUUCGGCUUUUAUCGUCAAGUACACCGAGUACAAAAUCGCGGAUCCGAUGUGUACGUUUUUCUUCUCAGUGAUUGUCCUUUUCACCUCAGUGCCCGUUCUGCGAGAUGUCGGAAUGCUAUUGAUGGAAGCUACCCCAGAAAACAUUGAUGUUGGAGAUGUGCACAAAGAUUUGCUUGGAGUCGGCGGUGUGAAAGGAGUUCACGAUUUACAUGUGUGGGCGUUAAAUAUGGACAAAGUGGCUCUCUCAGCUCACUUGGCUGUCGAAUCUGCUGAUCGAGCUGUGUAUACGUCGGCAGACGCGCGACGGAUGUUGACCAAGAAAUACGCUUUCCAUUCGAUCACUCUUCAAACGGAACUCCUCGACAAAACAAUGGACAGUUGUCAGAGUUGUCAAGAACUGAUCGUU